AUAACCUGGAAAUUGGUCACACCAAAAUAACCGAAUCAGCUGAAAGAAAAACAGAUGCGGCGCCUGGUACGAAGUUGGAAUAAGCAAUUGUUACUCAAUGCCGGUUCCGAAAAAUAUAUCGCCAGACAUGCGGGCAGCCAGCAACAGACCAAAACGCAAGAGCAACUUGUCGACGCCGCAGAAAGCAAUGGAUACGGGGCAAAGCACUGCAUGAACCUGGUGCAAAAAUACGACUAUGAAAAUUAUCUGAGUACCCUGCUGCUUCCCCGUGAGUUGCGACGGGCAGCCUUCGCCCUUCGGGCCUUUAACGUAGAGAUUUCCCGAUCGGUCAGUGGCGAAAGCAUUGAACCGCAAAUAGGGAAAUUGCGCUUGAAGUUCUGGUACGACUCCAUUGACAAGUGCUUUGAAGAGGACUCCCAUGGCUCCUACGUUAAGGACCAGCCCGUAUUGCGUGAGCUGAAGCACACAGUUGGCACCCGAAAGCUAAACAAGAUGUACCUGCGCCGUCUGGUCACUGCCCGAGAACGCCCUGUCAACAAGGCCUUCGAGUCGCUAAAGGAACUGGAGGAGUAUGCCGACCAAGCCUUCUCCUCGCUGCUGCACUUGCUGGUCGAAGUGAGCGAAGUGCGCGACGUGCAGGUGGACCAUGCCGCCUCCCAUUUGGGCAAGGCGCAGGGUAUCGCCACCAUGUUGCGGGCCGUUCCGCUCGCCGGUCGAAAGCAAGUUGUCUGUGUGCCGCUAGAGGUACUUCUUCGGCACGGCGUCAGUCAGGAGCGAAUAAUCCGCAGCGAGAGUGGAGACAAGGGUGCGGAGGAGUGUAUCUUUGAGGUGGCUAGUGCUGCGAACUCCCAUCUGAACUUGGCACGGCAGCUGCAUGAUCAGGUACCGCGUCUGGUGCGAAAGAUCUUCCUCUCCGCUGUUUCCACAGAAGGGUAUCUGGAGCGUUUGCGGCGCGCCAACUUCCAAUUGACACACAAAAGCUGCGUUGGACGAGACUCUAUGCUGCCAGCUCGUCUCUUUUGGAAGUCACUCUUCAAUCGGUUCUAAUAUCAGCUCAAUUUGGACUGUAUAGUAUCAGUUUAAAUAGGGCUUUGUUUUAACUGAAAAUAAAACUGUUUUACCAUUGUUGCUAUGA